CUUCAUGUUGAUGCUAUGGUUAAAAAAAGAUUUAGUAGAUUGAAGUCGGUAAUCAAACCCUUCUCUUCUUCCCGUCAGCCUUCCAACUUGGAUCGUUCAUAAGUGAACAGCAAUUGACUGUAAAAAAAUAGCCUCAAAUAUGUCACAAACUAAUGGCGUUGAGGAUGUAAAGGAGAAGGAAGGGAUGAAUGAAAGUGAAAAAAUUCAAGUCGAUGAUGAAAAAUAUCAAAUCUUUGGUGAAGAAUUUUCUGUAUCAAAAGAGCUGAAAGAUGAAGAUGAAAACGAAAAUGAAAAGAAUCUGAUGCCCUCAGCCAGAGAGGAGGAAGAAGCAAUCAAGAAAAAGUAUGGAGGAUUUUUACCUAAAAAAACAACUUUAAUAUCAAAGAACCAUGACCGUGCAUUUUUCGAUUCAGCUGAUUGGGCUCUCGGAAAGGUAAAGUGUAGCAAGGAGCACAAAAGCCUAAAGGACCACUUGAAGCAUUACGCCCCAAAUUACAGCCCUCCCCACACCAGCAAAUGCGCUCAAGACGUUCUGCUUAUGCACCUGCAGCAGAUGAAAAUGAAGAAGCUUCAUCUUCCGAGGAUCAAAGCUGCACAUUGGACGGGGACAACGAUAAUACUAACACUGCAAAGGAGGACCAGAUUAAUGAUAAUGGAAGCUUGCAUGAAACAUGACCCGAGCCCCAAUGAUUGAGCUUGGUUAGCUUUUCAGAUUUAAUUGUUACUUUUUGUUCAUUGUAGUCGACUGUGUCUAAUCACCACUUUUAUUGUCUGUGGAGCAAUAAAUACAAAGAGGAAAAGGAGCUACUGAUUCAUUUCUAACAUACCUUUUUAUUUCUGUGUAAUAAAAUUUAUGUUUUUUUCCCACCCAAAGUAAUUUUCAGUUCCUG